UGGGGAGUAUUGGCUGUGUUAAAGGAUAGGGUGUCAGCUGUGAAAUGGGAUGCGGCCCCCGAAUCGGGUGAAGUGGUUGCCAACGGCCAGGGAGUGAAAGAUGGAGUUGUGAGCAAUGGAGUGCCGGCGCGGAAGACCUCGCAGCCAACGGCCCCAUACGUACCGCUGAUCGCACGGAUGCGCAAACGGAUGGCCGACGGAAACGUCCCGUUCUUCUCAUUUGAGUUCUUUCCGCCCAAAACACAAGAGGCGGCCAUCAAUUUGGUCGCCCGUUUCGAUCGGCUCCGGCAGACGGGCCCACUCUUCUGCGACAUCACGUGGCACUCGGCCGGCAAUCCGGGCGCCGACACCGAGACCUCCAGCAUCACCAUCGCUGGUGUGGCGCUCAACUACUCCGGUCUGGACACUAUGCUUCACAUCACGUGCGUGGGUAUGACUGAGCCGGACCUGCGCCGGCACCUGGAGAGGGCCAAAACCAUUGGCAUUCGUAACAUAUUGGCGCUGAGAGGCGAUCGGGUGGGCGACCACUACGACGACGACUCGCAGCACGAGUUGGCGCCCGAGUUUCGCUAUGCCGUGGACUUAGUUCGAUACAUACGGCGCGAAUACGGCGACUACUUUACGAUAGCGGUGGCCGGCUAUCCGUCGGCUCAUCCGGAGUCCGAGUCCGUCGCUGAGGAUCUGCAGCGGCUGAAGGAGAAGGUGGACGCCGGCGCCGACUUCAUCAUCACUCAGCUCUUCUUCAAGUCCGACGUGUUUGUGAAGUACGUGAAGAACUGUCGCCGAAUCGGUAUAGAAGUGCCGAUUUUGGCCGGAAUUAUGCCGAUUCAGAGCUACGAGUCGCUCGAGAAGAUCGGCAAACUGUCCAAACUUGAUAUACCGGACACUUUGCUCAACGAUCUCGACAUCAUUCGCUCGAACGACGAGGCCGUCCGUAAUUACGGCAUUCAGUGGGCGGUGGGGUUGUGUCGGCAGGUGUUGGCCGCCAACGUCACGCCUGGCCUACACUUCUACACAAUGAACCGAGAGGUGGCCACGUGUGCCAUACUCAAGGAGUUGGGCCUCAUGUCGCAGGUGUCGCGACCGCUCCCGUGGUGGCCGACCGGCAAUCAUAAGCGCGCCGCCGAAGACGUGCGACCGAUCUACUGGUCGGGACGGCCGCGGAGUUACGUGUGUCGGACCCAGUCGUGGGACGAGUUCCCGAACGGCCGUUGGGGUCAAGUAGACUCACCCGCCUUCCAGACCCUCGAGAACUACUACCUGUUUCUGGAGCCCAAACACAGCCGCAAAGAGUUGCUGCAGAUGUGGGGCCGCGAGUUGGCCACCGAAGAGGACGUGUGGGAAGUGUUUCACUGUUAUGUGUCCAACGCUAAGAACAAAUACGACAAAACCGUUUCCGUCAUCCCCUGGAAUAUGGAUCCGUUGAGCGCCGAGACGUCGCUUCUGGUCAAACAAUUGUCUCAAUACAAUAAGAGAGGUGUUCUCACCAUCUGUUCGCAGCCUAAUAUCAACGGAGUUGACUCAACACAUCCCGUCCACGGCUGGGGCGCCAAAGGAGGCUAUGUUUACCAAAAGGCAUAUCUGGAGUUCUUCACGAACGAGAAGAAUGUGAUGGCUUUGAUUGAAGCGCUGAAGAACUACCCGAUGGUUAACUACCAGAUCGUUGACAGCACUGGCAAAAAAUCGUAUUCAAAUUUUGAGGACAAUAAGGCAAUUGCAGUCACGUGGGGUGUGUUUCCCGGCCGAGAGAUAAUCCAGCCAACAGUUGUGGACCCGAUAUCAUUCAAAGUGUGGAAAGACGAGGCCUUUAGUCUAUGGCGCGACAAAUGGGGACAUCUGUACGAAGAGGACAGUCUGUCCCGUCGGGUAUUGGACGACAUUCACGACAACUAUUAUUUAGUCAAUUUAGUGGACAACGAGUUCCCCAAAGAGUGCUGUCUUUGGCAACUACUGGAGGAUAUGUUCACAAUUAGGAGCGACUCGCAU